AUAUGUGGUUUCUGUAAUUGUGACUUGAUAAUGGUGUUAUUAAGAGGUAAGUAGUCACAGAAGGCCAAAUGGGGCCUGCAAUUUGGAAAAGCGAAACAGAAAUGACACAGGGUCCGGAAGUGGAGCCGCUCGUGUUGAGACAAGUUUAUCGUUUCCCGGCAGAUGUUUCCUCUGCAUGUAGUUAGUUAUGACUGCACGAUAAGGGAUCAUAUUUCGAAGCCAAAUUGGAGAUAUGAGCGAUGAAGUCCGCAUUAGGAAAAAAAUAAAACAAAGUUAUGUCAUCGUUGGGCUGUCGACUUUGAACAUUGCAAAGCACGUAAUGCAGUAAGGAUCAGAAACAUCCCGGGUAAGAAUCUCACAGAGGCCAACCCACAUGGAAGUUCCCCCCUCCCCCUUCAUGGUGAGGUAAAAGAGUAACAGAGUGUGUUGAGCUGCAUGCAGGUCAAAGGUGCACAUAAACAUGGGGAAAUAUUUAUUUUUGCUGGUUCUGGUGCUCUGUCUCAACGGAACGCUUCAGAAGAAAGGUAAAAAGAAGUUAAACCAUCGAAUGCAGAAGAACACGACCCAAGUUGCGUUUCCCAGAACCUUCAAAGGACAACCGCUGGCACAGACCCGCUUCUUCUCUUCGAACAGGACACACCUUCCCGCCGCCUCACCUCCCAGACUCCGGUUGCUAAGCAACAGCACCGCUGGGUACCUGAUUGGCCCGCUGAGCACCAAAGUCCUCCCCAUGACCUACAUGCUGGUCGUGGCCGUGGGGGUCCCAGCCAACGUGGCCAUCCUGAGCGCGCUGGCCACCAAGGUGCGCGUGGUGUCGUCGGCCAUCCUCUACAGCAGCCUGGCGGUCUCUGACCUCCUCCUGCUGGUCUCGCUCUUCUUCAAGGCCCACUACCAUCUCCAUGGCAACCACUGGGUGCUGGGAGAGGCCGCCUGCCGGGUGGUCACGGCUUGUUUCUAUGGCAACCUCUACUGCUCGGCGCACACGCUGGCCUGCAUCAGCAUCCAGCGCUACCUGGCCGUGGUCCACCCCUUUACUUACAAGCGUCUCCCUAAGCGCUGCUACACCACCUGGACUGCUGUGGCCGUCUGGGGGGUUUUCGCCGCCGCCGUCACACCCCAGCUGCUGGUGCGGCAGAGCUUUCGUAUCCACGAGCUGGGCCGCACCACCUGCCACGACGUGCUGCCGCUGGACCUCGGCUCGCACAUCUUCCUGCUACACUACAACCUCUUCCUGACGCUGGUGGGACUCUUGGGCCCGCUGGUGGUGACGGUCCUGUGCUACGGUCGGAUCAUGUGCGAGCUGCAGCGGUCGCAUCUGGACUGGGCCGCUUACAUGAAAGCCAGUUCUUUGGUGUUUGCCAUCUUCCUAGUGUGCUUCACGCCUGCGGGUGUGGUGCACUUCCUCCAUCACGUGCAGCUUUUUGUGGACGGUACGGAGGGUUCCUAUGCGGUCUUCAACGUGGCCGUUUGUCUGUGCUGCGUACACGCCUGUUUGGACCCUUUCCUCUUUCUUCUCAUGUCCAAAUCUGCUGGAUCCAGGUUGUACUACAUCACCUCUCAGCCAAAAAGCCUCAGCAUGUCUUCUUGAGAAAUUUUAUCUAUCAACAACUUUUUAUGGUUUGGUAUUUACUAAUUACAAACAUACCCAAAUUAAAAUCAAAUGUUUUUUUUUUCUUUGGGUCAUUACAAAGGUAGUUUGACAAAAUAAUUACAUAUCUGGAAGCUCCUGACCAUUGUCGCUAUUAUGAUGUAUCGAUAUGUUUUUUUGCAAAUGUUUUUCAACAUUGCUGCUGCUCUUUAACAAUUUCAAGCCCUCCAAACUUGUUUUCUGGUCAUUAUAUCAUCAUCUGAGGGCAUUCUGACAAAUAAUGACAAAUUUGGAUAGUCCUGAUGAUGACCAUUAAUAUGAGGUAUGAGUUGAUAUGGAUUGUUGAGAAGAUAUAUUUUUUUAUCCAUGUGACUUGUUUUUUAAUAGGUUGUUGAUUUGAAUUGUGGCCAGUGGCUACAAAAGUCAUGUCGAGUUUACAUGACAGUUUACACUUUGAACUCAAAUUUGAAAACGGCGAUAUGACUCUGAUUAUGUAUGAGCAGGACCUUCAUACAAAUAAGAUGUAUGCUUUAUGUAGACAAAGAUGUAAUAUGAAUUUAAAAAAAAAAUGUUUACUAUUUUUUUGGACCUACAGUGAAUUUUGCCGGACGAAGUUUUCUCACAUCUUAACAGAGUUUUAUUCUUGUCUGUCAACUAAUACAUAGAAGUGUUUAUUGGACAUGCACAUAUUUUCAGGAUUUUUUUUUUUGUUUUGUUUUAUGGCUGUUAUCUUCUUUGAAAAUUGUCCAAAUGACAGUUUAGCAUAAAUGUACCGCUGAGAAGAAAGAGGCGAGGCAUUGAAGAGGCAUUUCCUGGACUUCCGGUGACGGGAAGCAGUGAGACACGCCUGUAAUCACGCAAUCCCUAAAGAACUGGGAACAAAGUGUGGGCAUGCUAUUCCACUUGUGUAACUUGGCUCUGUUUAAAUAAAGUUAUUUUUAUUCACA